UUCCCACGUGCGGAGCCCUUCCUUCCCAUUCUCUACCUGCUCGAGACGCUUACGCGGAACGCGAACACCGUCCCUGCUUCUCUCUCUAGGGCUAAAUUUCCACUCACAGCGACCCAAGGACUGAUCUUUGCUCUCCAUGUAGCCCCAUCCUCCGGCAGUCCGAUCAGUUCAAGAGAUGGCGGCUCCACCUAAUAAUGUUGAGCUGGAGGCUGCAAAGUUUCUGCAUAAACUUAUUCAGGAAUCUAAAGACGAGCCAAAAAAAUUGGCUACAAAACUUUAUGUGAUAUUACAACACAUGAGAUCAAGCGGGAAGGAAAAUUCAAUGCCAUAUCAAGUGAUAUCAAGGGCAAUGGAGACUGUUAUUAAUGAACAUGGUCUUGAUAUUGACGCUUUGAAGUCAUCACGUGGUCCUUUGACUGGUGGAACCCAUAUGGGUGAUUCUUCAUCAGCUCAGUUUGCAGGUUCUUCUCAAACAGCUGCAAUGGUGAACGAUUCUAAAUCAGGAAUGGCUGAAUAUGAAAGGACUAAUCCACAAGCUUCAAGCAGGCCACCUGUUGGACCAAGCGCUGCAGGACAUGAUAUUUAUCAAGGAUCUGUAUCCCAUCCCGGUUCUAAGUCUUUCGAUCAUGAAAGUCCUUCCAGUUAUGAUACUAAGUCUGCCAACUCUCAGUCGCAGGAAAGACAUGAUCCAGCAUUGGACAAACCAAAUCAAGACGAUAGUAAGAAAGCAAGCAGUAAGAGAAAGAGGGCUGAUUCGUCAUCUACCACUGAGCCUCAUAUUGAAAACUCCCAGCAACUUGAUAAUUGCAACCUUAAUGCUAGGAAGGGAAAAAUGGCGAACAAGGUUGAACCACCUAGGAGCUUACCUAUUAGAGGCAGCGAGCAUAGUCAGUUCAAUAUGGUUCAGGGCAGUGGUCAGAUGGAACAUAUCCCUCCUUUACCUGCUAGCAUGAGAUCAACCAAUUUAGCCAGUUCAAUGCAACAAUCAGCAAAUCCAAAAUACCGUGAAGAAAUUGAAGUUUCUUCUGCUCAUAGUGCUUUGGCUUUGCAGCAGGGAGGCUCUCGGCUGUCACCGCAUGACAUUCUUAAUUCCAGGGCUUUAUGGAGUCAAAAUAGAACAGGAUCCUCACUUGAAAAUACUCAAGUACCAAGGUUUCCAUCUAACGCCAUUUCUAGUAAUUCAACAGCAGAAAUGUUUAUGCACCAGUCAAUCGCUUCUCUUGGAUCAGGUGCUUCUGUCCAUGGAGCUUCCCCUGGUUCUUCUGGUUCGUUUCCACUGGUAGAAUCUGGAGUAUCAAAUCCCGGCAAUAAUAUCGAAAUGAACAUGCAUAGAGGUGCAGCUCCCAGAGAUACAGGGAAAUCUGCAAUCUUCCAGGCUACUGGUGUUUCUAACAUGCCUUUCAAGGAACAACAUCUGAAACAGCUUAGAGCACAAUGCCUUGUGUUUUUGGCAUUUAGAAACCGUAUGAUGCCAAAAAAAUUACAUCUUGAAAUUGCACUUGGAAACUUCAGUCCAAAAGAAGAUGGACCUAGCAAAGAGAUGAUUGACAAUAGAGGAACAGAGCUGUCUAUUAAUGAUCAAAAUAACAUUCCUGAAGGCACAAUGCUGUUUGGAAGACAAAAUGAUCUGAGGGAAUCUGAUAUAGUCCGACAAGGUACCACAUCGACUGGACUUCUCCCCGAGGCAAUCUUGUUGAAAGAUUCCAAGGGCCCGAACACAAUUCAGGAAAUGGAAGAAUCAAAGGAAUUUUUACUGAUGGGAUCACAACCUGAUUCUUCAAGUGCAAGGACUUUAGCUGUUAGUUAUGAUAAGGAUCAUUUGGACAAGGUACAAGCUGGGAUUACCAACAAAGCUUCUGCUGUUGAGGGAGUAAGCACGCAGAUGAAGCUUGAGAUGGUUCCCCUUGAAUCAAUGUCACAUAGAAAAGAUACUGGUCCAAGUCAAUCUCAAAUCCCUGCUGACUGUAAUAUUCAGCAAAAUCAAAAUGCUGAUAGCCAUUUGACUAGUUUCACAUUAAGUGAUGAUCGGAAGCCCAUAUCAGGAAAGGAAGCUGAACAACAGAUGAUGGUGCCAUUGAAGGAUGCAAAUGUGUUGGCGAAAAAUGUCUUUGAGGGCUCGAAAUACGUGUCUGAGGAUGCUGCUAGAAUUUCUGACAUUCAGAGAAGAAGCAUUCCUGAUGGUUCCAAAGCUGUUGUUGUCGAUGACACGUGGAAGAAUGGUAGCCCUACAGUAGUGAAAACUCGUCAAUUGGAGCAAGGUUUCUCUUUAGGUACAGAUUUGCCACCAGCUCCGAAGUAUACCACAUCUGAGAAGUGGAUUAUGGAACAACAGAAAAGGAAACUGGUCAUUGAGCAAAAUUGGGCGCUUAAACAGAAGAAGACAGAACAAAGAAUUGCCGCUUGUUCUGAGAAAUUAAAGGAAAAUGUGAGCUCCUCUGAAGAUAUUUCUGCAAAAACCAAAAGUGUAAUCGAACUGAAAAAGGUUCAAUUGUUAGAGCUUCAACGUCGUCUCCGCAGUGAUAUUCUAAAUGAUUUCUUCAAACCAAUAUCAACUGAUAUGGAGCGUUUGAAAUCAGUUAAGAAGACUAGAAUAGGUAGGCGAUCAAAACUAAUAGAAAGAUAUGAACAGAGGCAGAAGGAAGAGCGCCAAAAUAGAAUUAGAGUGAGGCAGAAGGAGUUCUUCAGUGAAAUAGAACUUCACAGGGAGAGAGUGGAUGAUGCAUUCAAAAUGAAGAGAGAACGCUGGAAGGGCUUCAAUAAAUAUGUAAGGGAGUUCCAUAAGAGGAAGGAACGGUUUCAUCGUGAGAAAAUUGACAGAAUCCAGCGCGAGAAGAUUAAUCUGUUAAAAAUAAAUGAUGUGGAGGGGUACCUUCGAAUGGUUCAGGAUGCGAAAUCAGAUCGUGUCAAGCAGCUACUGAAAGAAACUGAGAAAUAUCUCCAAAAGCUAGGAUCCAAACUACGAGAUGCAAAGGCUAUGGCGAGACAAUUUGAGACUGAUGUUGAAGAUAACCGAGUUGCAAGUGUUGAUAACACAGAAUUCGGUGUUGAGAAUGAAGAUGAAACUGACCAGGCGAAGCAUUAUUUGGAAAGCAAUGAAAAGUACUAUCUGAUGGCUCAUAGUAUAAAAGAGGGCAUCAUGGAGCAGCCAUCUUGUCUUGUGGGUGGAAAACUAAGAGAGUACCAAAUGAAUGGUCUGCGGUGGUUGCUUUCACUGUACAAUAACCAUUUGAAUGGGAUUCUUGCAGAUGAAAUGGGCCUUGGUAAAACUGUUCAGGUCAUUUCUUUGAUUUGUUACCUCAUGGAGACAAAAAAUGAUAGAGGACCCUUCUUAGUUGUUGUCCCGUCCUCAGUUCUUCCUGGAUGGGAGACAGAAAUCAACUUUUGGGCCCCUAGUAUAAACAGAAUUGUCUAUUCUGGCACUCCAGAGGAGCGGCGAAGGCUAUUCAAAGAGAGAAUCGUUCAGCAGAAAUUCAAUGUCCUCCUGACAACGUAUGAGUAUCUGAUGAAUAAGCAUGAUAGGCCAAAAUUAAGCAAAGUACACUGGCAUUAUAUCAUAAUCGACGAAGGCCAUCGCAUCAAGAAUGCUUCUUGCAAGUUGAAUGCUGACUUGAAGCACUAUCAGAGCUCUCACAGGUUGCUUUUGACCGGGACGCCUCUGCAGAAUAAUCUAGAAGAAUUGUGGGCACUACUUAACUUCUUGUUGCCAAAUAUUUUUAACUCGUCAGAGGAUUUUUCUCAGUGGUUCAACAAACCAUUUGAGAGCAAUGGUGAUAAUUCAGCUGAUCAAGCCUUAUUGUCUGAGGAGGAGAACCUUCUGAUUAUAAAUCGGCUUCACCAAGUACUGCGACCAUUUGUUCUGCGGAGACUGAAACACAAGGUUGAAAAUCAGUUACCUGAAAAGAUUGAAAGACUUGUAAGAUGUGAGGCCUCCUCAUAUCAGAAGCUUUUGAUGAAGAGGGUAGAAGACAAUCUUGGUGCAAUUGGAACUUCAAAGGCUCGGUCAGUGCACAACUCUGUUAUGGAGCUACGUAACAUAUGCAAUCAUCCUUAUCUCAGCCAACUUCAUGUGGAGGAGGUUCAUGAUUUUGUCCCGGAACAUUAUCUGCCAAAUGUUGUGAGACUUUGUGGAAAACUUGAAAUGUUAGAUCGAUUACUUCCAAAGCUAAAAGCAACAGAUCAUCGGGUUCUUUUCUUUUCCACGAUGACUAGGCUGCUUGAUGUUAUGGAGGAUUAUCUCUGCUGGAAACAGUACCGGUAUCUUCGAUUGGAUGGACACACAUCUGGUGGCGAUCGGGGAGCACUUAUUGACCAGUUCAACCAGCCGGCUUCUCCUUUUUUCAUAUUCCUGCUCAGCAUUCGAGCUGGAGGUGUUGGAGUGAAUCUUCAAGCUGCUGAUACCGUGAUCAUUUUUGACACUGAUUGGAAUCCACAGGUUGAUCUUCAAGCACAGGCAAGGGCUCAUAGGAUUGGUCAGAAGAAGGAUGUUCUUGUUCUUCGAUUAGAAACUGUCCAAACUGUGGAGGAACAAGUCAGAGCUGCAGCUGAACACAAGCUGGGAGUUGCAAAUCAGAGCAUUACUGCUGGAUUCUUUGACAAUAACACAAGUGCAGAAGAUCGUAGAGAAUACUUGGAAUCCCUUCUCCGAGAAUGUAAGAAAGAGGAAGCUGCGCCUGUAUUGGAUGAUGAUUCGCUCAAUGAUCUCAUAGCGCGCAGUGAGUCGGAGAUUGAUAUAUUUGAAGCCAUGGACAGGCAAAGACUUGAAGAAGAGAUGGCAAUGUGGAAAAAAUUGUUAUUAGGACAAGGUAAAAAUGGUUCUGAGCCUAUACCUCCCCUGCCUUCUCGGCUUCUAACAGAUGAAGAACUGAAGCUAUUUUAUGAAGCCAUAAAGACAUAUGAAGCAUCCAAUGCCAGGGUGGCUUCUGAUGUCGGGGCAAAUGUCGGGGCAAAACGGAAGAGUGGGGGUCUUGGAGGUCUGGAUACACAACAUUAUGGAAGGGGAAAGCGAGCUAGAGAGGUGCGCUCCUAUGAAGAGCAAUGGACAGAAGAGGAAUUUGAGAAGCUGUGUCAAGCUGAGUCCCCAGAAUCCCCUAAACCGAAGGAAGAAGUGAUAGAAAGAAACUCGCCAAUAGUUUCAAGUGGGUCUGUCCUAUUUGCUGCUAAAACAGAAGUGUCUGCACCUCUACCUGUAGUGUCCCCACAGGCUCCAACAGAGCUGCCGCCGGUUCAGCAAACCAAAGAGGUGACACCACCAUCUAAACGGGGACGUGGAAGACCCAAAAGAGUAAAACCAGAAAUCUCUCCACCUGCAGCGGUUCUUCCAGCACUUUCCAGACCAGUUUCCAUCUUUCCUGCUGCACCUGCACCAGUUCCUAAUCCAUUACCUAAUACUGCUGUGGUUCAAUCUGUUACUGGAACCAUCCCUCAAUUUGAAGUAUGGAUAGCUCCAAGCUCUGAGUCAAAACCUCCUCCCCCUUCCGCCUCUCCUGAGGUUCAGUCCACCUCUACUCCGCCUUCUGCUCCGCUUCAAGUAAAAGGGCAAAAUCGGAAAACCCGCAGAGGGAAGAAUCAGGCUUCGUUGCCACCGGUGGUUCAAGCGUUCCCAGCGCCUUCUGGAACUGGGAAUACAGAGAUGAUAAUUAAGAGAGAGACAGUUUCCAGUUUCCCAAGAGCCUCAUGUCUUGAUUCUUCAUCCAGCUCUUCUACUGCUAAGAAUAUGUCUAUGGAACAAGGUUCAGUUUCACAUUCCAUUCUUCCAGCUUCUACUGAAACUGUCGGAACAAAGUUGUGCUCAGAGGUACCACCAGUUUCAGAUGCUAUUCCAGUUCUUAUAGAUUCUACUCGAACUGUGAAAACAGAGGUGGUGUCAGAGGUACAACCAGGUUCUAGCAAUCUCAUGGUCCCUGCCUCUGUUCAAACUGUCAGAACAGAGGUGGUGUCAGAAGUCCAAACAGUUUCCAUCAAUCCCAUGGUCCCUGUCCCUGUUUCUUUUUCUGCUUCUUCGAUUGCUACUGGAGUUGCCGGAACUAUGCCUCAUUUUGGGGUGGGGAUUGGUCCUAGUUCUCAGCCAAACACUCAAUCCACUUAUAAUGCUAUUGGCUCUCAAUCAAUCAAUCCUAGUCCUCCUGUCCCCAAGGAACCCAAGGGACGAGGACGAGGACGAGGUCGCAAGCCUCAAAGUGAAGUAGAGGCACCCCUGCGCAGGGGAAGGCGGCGGGGUUCAGUAGCACCGGUUGGUGAGGAUCCAAAUUCAAAUGAACGACCACAAAGUCAGCCACAGGUAUCAUCAGGUAGAAAAUCCAUUGGCACCAGAAGAAAGAGACAGAAUGAAGCUUUGGAGCGGACAGAUGUAAAGGCACAAGAGAAAGGACCUUUGCCAGCGAGUGGCAAUUCUGCCAUAUUGUCAGAUAAGAAUGACAGUCCGAAAGUAGAUUUGAAGAUGCAAGAGACGAAAGAACCUUCGCCAGAGAAAGCCAUUGUUUCAGAAUCCAAGGUGGCUGGGAGUAAGAGUUUGGAAGCAAAAGUAGUUUCUUCAAUUUUGGUAACAGCAGGUGCAGUUUUUGAUUCUGCAAUUGCUUCAGAGCCUAUGGUUCGUGAAUUUGCAACCAAGAUUAAUGCUGGUUUAUCCGUGGAUGGGGAAGAUUCAGGAGAUUUAGUUGAUAAAAACUCAACAUUGAAGACUGAGAUGAAGGGCACUUCAGCUGUUCCUCUCAGUGCUGACCCAUUAGUUGAUAUGACUUGUGACAAACCUCCUUCUCCUGAUGCUUCUGUUUUGGAAACUGGAGCUUCUGUUUUGGAAACUGCAGCUUCUGUUUUGGACCUCAAAAUGGAUAAAUGUGAGGAUCAAUCUGGGAAGGGAGAUGUGAAAAAGCAAAAGAUGGUGGGUUCUAGUCCAGACGAUGUAGUUGUUUCAGAAACUGUGGAGACUAACAAUUUGGAGGGUGGUAAAGUUUCAGCGUCAUCAACAUUGGAAACUAAUGUUCCGGUUGUUGAGCCUGUAACUGAAGAGACUCAGAAGGAAGUGGAUGCAGCACAAGAGAUCAAUGACCCUAUUUUACCGGAGGUUGUUGAUUCAGACUCUGAGGCUCGUGAACCUGAAGCCAAGAUCAAUGUUGGUUCUUUUGAAAAUGUGGAUAAUCUGAGAGAUCCGGUCAAAGAAGACUCGAUUGUUGAGACUAGUGUAGAAGGCACUUCUGCUGUUCCUCUUGGUGUUGAUCCGGUGGAUGUUGUAUCUUUUGAGAGAUCUCUUUCUCUUGAAACAAGGAUCGAUGCUGGUUCUUUUGAAAAUGUGGAUAAUCCAAGAGAUCCAGUCAAAGAAGACUCGAUUGUUGAGACUAGUGUUGAAGGCACUUCUGUUGUUCCUCUUGUUGUUGAUCCCGUGGAUGUUGUACCUUGUGAGAGAUCUCUUGCUCUUGAAACAAGGAUCGAUGCUGGUUCUUUUGAAAAUGUGAAUAAUCCGAGAGAUCCAAUCAAAGAAGAGUUGAUUGUUGAGACUUGUGUAGAAGGCACUUCUGCUGUUGUCCCUCUUGAUGUUGAUCCACUGGAAGCUGUUCCUUGCGAGAGAUCUCUUGCUCUUGAUGCUUCGGUUUUGGAAACAGAAGUUUCUGUUUCAUCUUCUACACUUGAUACCUUUUUUGAUAAAUCUGGGAAGGAAGAUACCAAAGUACUAGACAUGUUAUACCCUGUUCGAGAUGAUGCAGCUGUUUCUGAGCCUGGGGAGAGAGAGAGUUUGGAGGAGAAAAAGUUUUCAACUUUGUCAAGGUUGGAACCAGAAGCUCCAGGUGUUGAUACUGAAGUUGAGAAGGCAGAGAUGGACGUUGAUGCAGAAGCACUAGAGAGCCAUGAUUCACCUGAGGCAUGUGAACCUAAAGCCAUGCUUGAGGUUGUGCGUUCUCAAACUUUGGCAAAUUCAACGGAUUUAGUCGAAGAAAAGUCCGUAAUGGAAGAUAAUGUGGAUUGCACUUCAGUUGUUAAUGCUGAACCAUUGGAUGAUAUGCCUUGUGAUGAACCUCCUGCUCCUGGAUUGUUAGUUUUGGAACCGGCAGCUUCUGUUUCAGACCUUCCAAUGCACUGUGAUGAUCAAUCUGGGAAGGAAGAUGCUAAGGAACAAGAGAUCAGAGGUCCCAUUGAAGACAAUGUGGUCGUUGCAGAAGAGAAAAAGUUUGUUACGUGGUCAACAUUGGAAAAAUCAGCUCCAGUUGAUUCUGGAACCGAAAUGAUUGAGAAGAAUUUUGUUGUUGAAGCACAAGAGAGCAGUGAUCCCGUUUUACAGGACGCUUUUAUUUUGAAUCCUAAGGUGUCUGAAACCGAAACCAAUAUUGAUGAUGGUUCUUUUGAAACUGUUGCUGAUCCAGAGGAUCUAGUCGAAGAAAACUUGAUUGUGGAGACUAAUGUGGAGGGCACUUCAGAUGUUCCUGAAAGUGUUGAACCCUCCGAUGAUAUGCCUUGUGAGAAACCUCCUGCUGUUGAUGUUUCACAUUUGGACGAAUGUGAGGAAAAAGGGAUGGAAGAGGCGGAAGAACAAAAAUUGGAAGGUCCUUUGGUGGAUGAAGCAAUUGUGCCAGAGGUUGGUGUGGUUGGGACAAAGGGUUCAGAACAAGAUGGUCCAGGUGUUGAUCCUGAAACUGGAAAGACUUCCAAGAUAGUCAAUGCAGAAGCUCAAGAGAGCAACAAUCCUAUUUUGGUGGAGACUGUUGUUUUAAAGCCUGAGGGUUGUGAACCUGAGUCCAAACUCGAGUCUUUGUGUUCAGAAAAUGCAGCAGAUCCAAGAGAUGUAUCCAAAGAAAACUCUACUGGCCCAUCAGAGAAUGUUCCUCAUGAGAAUCAAUCUGGAAAUGACGACAUGAUUCUUGACAAGUGGAUUGAUUCAGAAUCUGCAUCAAAUGAGGACCGAAUUUUGGAGGAGAGAGCACCUAUUUGUGAAACAUCCUCUCCACGUGAAAUCCCUGAAACCCAACUAAAUGCUGGUUGUUCUGAAGACGUCAGAGAUUCAGAACAGCCUAUCACUGAAGAGAGGAAAGAUGAGCUUCAGGACAAUGGGCUUGUUUUAGAGGCUGUAGUGACUGAGGACCAAAGUUUGGAGGGAGAAGCAUCUACUCAGGAAAUCCAGUUGAAUGUUUGUUCUUCUGGAAAUGUGGGCGAUUCAGAUCUGGAUCUUACUAUGGGCCGGUAUGAGGAUCAAUCUGGAAAUGAAGACAUGAUUCGUGACAAGCAGAUUGAUUCAGAAUCUGCAUCAAUUGAGGACCGAAUUUUGGAGGAGAGAACACCUAUUUGUGAAACAUCCUCUCCACGUGAAAUCCCUGAAACCCAACUAAAUGCUGGUGGUUCUGAAGAUGUCAGAGAUUCAGAACAGCCUAUCACCGAAGAAAUGAAAGAUGAGGUUCAGGACAAUGGCCUUGUUUUAGAGGCUGUAGUGACUGAGGACCAAAGUUUGGAGGGAGAAGCAUCCACUCAGGAAAUCCAGUUGAAUGUUGGUUCUUCUGGAAAUGUUGGCGAUUCAAAACCUGUCAUUGAAGAAAAGAAAGACUCGGUUCUUGAGCAGGGGUUGGUUUUGGAGCCCACAGCGACUGAGAAUCAAAGUUUGGGGGAAAAACCAUCAAUUUUGGCAACACACUCUCCUGUUGUCGAUCCUCCGCUUGAAAGUCCUGCAACCCAACUAAAUGCUGGUUCUUCUGAAAACAUUGGAGAUUCAGAACCUACCGCUGAAGAAAGGAUAGAUACUGUUCUAAACAAGAGGCUUGUUUCAGAGCCUGUAGCAACUGAAAACCAAAGUUUGGAGGAAAAGACAUCAGAUUUGGAAACAAAUUCUCUAGUUGUCGAUCCACAUGAGAAUCCUGAAAUCCAGUUGAAUGUUGGUUCUUCUGAAAUUGUGGGGGAUUCAGAGCAGCUUUGCAAAGAAGAACCAAUCAUGGGGACUCACAUGGAGGUUGAUCCAGUAGCUCCUCUCCAUCCCAUUUCGAAUGAUGAUGUGCCUCAGAAGGAACUGGUUAAUCCAGAUGUUUCUCUCCCUAGUUCUCCUUUGGGUAGUUCUAGCAUUCAGAUGGAUGCAGCUUUGGAGGAAAAGACAUCAAAUUUGGUAACAAACUCUCCAGUUGUCGAUCCACAUGAGAAGCCUGAAACCCAGUUGAAUGUUGGUUCUUCUGCGACUCUGGGGGAUUCAGAGCAGCUUCACAAAGAUGAACCAAUCACGGGGACACACAUGGAGGUUGAUCCAGUUGUUCAUCUCCAUCCCAUUUCGAUUGAUGAUGUACCUCAGAAGGAACCUAUUAAUCCAGAUGUUUCUCUCCCCAGUUCUCCUUUGGGUAGUUCUAGCAUUCAGAUGGAUGCAGCUUUGGAAACUGAAGUGGCAAAGGAUUCUCCAUCUACAGAAGACAGCAAAGCAGUCUAACUAUCAUAUGUGAAGUGAUUAGGCACAACUUAUGUAGUUUGGGUACUCCUACUACCAUACCAUAUCCGUAAUGGCAAGUAUACUGGUACUUCGCAUGCUUACCGUAAUUUCUUUUACCAAUUUUUGCCAGUACCAUUAUAUUCCAGUGCAAUAGCUAGCCAGAAAUAGUAGCUUCUGUUAGGCAAAGAGCCGAAGAUAAAACUAGUUGACGAUAUUUUUUCCUAUGCUUUGCAUGUAACUUUUUGGAGUUAAGCUUUCGAGACUUUUGGUUCUUUUAUGCAAAGGUCAUUAAAUUCUGUUUGUAUGUUAACUUUGAUUUAUCAGCUACGCCCUUUAACCGUAAUUCUUAAAUGCAGAUAAUUUUGUUAAUUAAA